UUGCGCCAAACUUCUAGGAAAGAUGCCUAAGGGACCCUAGAAGACAUUCCAACUCGAUUCCUGGACAUAUGUGCCGUUAGAAAGGAACAAUGCGUCGAAAAUUUGAGUCAAAAUAUAUCAGUGAAACAUAUAUCUUUUUCUUUCAUACCUCAGAUUUACGGCACAACCACUGGGUGGAUUCUCAUAACGGAGCAGAUGCUCCCUUUGCUGCUCAUUGUGUGUCGAUGGAUGCUACCGAAGGGCGCCAUCACUCGAGAAGAGUUGUCCCAGCUCCUGCUGGUCUACUUCGCCACGGCGUCUGACAUCAUCGAGUUCUUUGACGGCUUCAAGGAGCCCACCAUCAAAUACAAUCGUCCGCUGGUAAUCACCCUCCUCACCCUGUGGAGCUGGAGCCUGCUGCAGUUUUCGCUAGUCAUGACGGCUACCAGGAACGCGGAGACGAAAAUAAUCACCCCCAGCCAAUCAGAGACGGCCACGUCAACGGCGACCGCGGGCCUGAGCAAAGGUCAUCUCCAGAGGGCGGUGUUUAAGCGUUUCCCACGCUUGGCCGUGUCUCGGGUCGUGGUGCCGGUCCAUGGAAGCCAACAGACCCUCCUUGAUGAGUUGAUAAUCCCAGUGAAACCGGAGCACGAGGUGCGAGAGGACGCGACCCCGACCUUCACGUGCCUGGAGAGCGACGUCUGGUCCAUCGUGGCCAGCAUCCUCCUGCAGGACGGGCCCUUCCUGGUCUUCCGCCUGACGCUGAUCGUCCACUACCAAGUCUACAGCCACACCAACAUCUUCUUCACCUGCAAGAACCUGAUCGUGGUCGCCCUACAGGCCUACCGGAUUCUCGUCCUGCGCGAGGAACGGCGAGAAAGGCUGAAACGGGAGAGGAAGAGGAAGGAUCUGCUGGCGAGGAGGCUGGCCGACCUCCAGAGGCAAGGGUUCACUUUCCCGCCAGAACUUACAGUAGAAGACGAGACGUCGAAUUUAGAUCCCUAUGUCGCUGCUUUGCUACCACGCGAAUGAGUUCAUCUUGUUGAUUAACAACACGGACUACAUAUACACCGGCCACCAUUAGCGGACACUGUAAGCAUUUUAAAGUGGUUCGUGUAUUUUGGUCGCCUUACGAGCGCGUACAAUGCAACACCUCAUCAUUGAUGGCCUCUGCUGGUGGUGGCUGGAUUCAAUCCAAUGAUACUUUCAUAAAUGUCAAAUCUGAGGGAGGACCUAGUCCCCCGGUGAUAUGCACGUGUAUACGCAUUGUACUUUCAUUCUCACUGAAUCCAAAUGACACAAACUGCACCCACUGAGGGCGUACCAAGCAUGUGGUCUAUAGAUUGACCAAGAUGAUUAAAGCAUGAAUUUCAGUUUUAAUUUCAUUGAGCCAGCAUUAUAACGUUUUUGACAAAUAUGCAAACUUCUUGUGGUGCUUCUUAUCUUCGUGUUUCAUAUUUUGCCUUUUCUUUAAGUACGAAGUAAAAUUAAUUAUUCUCCAAACCUAAUAGCGCUAUAUACAUCACAAUUUUAUGUCCUUUGUUAUGCAUGUAUUUGGGGUUUCAA